CCGAUAAGCUCUCCCUGGGACUCCUCAUCUGCUGUGGCUAUAACCCCUCACUCAUGCUCAUGAGCUCUGUCCCCCCUGCCUGGCUGCCUGGGUUCCCAUCUUAAGUGUCCACAUGCAUCGCAGCUAUGCAGAUCUAUUUGUGUUGGUCUUGAGUAAAUUGAUGCACAUAUAGUGAUAAUUUCUGUGAUCAUUAAAUGAGAACACUCAGUUUAUUUUCUAUUUUAUGGAGUCAUUUUAAUCUGGAAGUUUUUAUAUGGUACAAAUAAAUCACCCUUCAUCAAGUCAGAAUGCAUACCCUGGCGUUGGUCUUCCAACGUGAAUUGUGCACUGCACUCAACAUUUUUCUGGAAGAUUUUAUUGCAUUUUCUUCCUUCUGGUUGCACCAUGAAAAUACUGUGCCUUUGUUACAUUUACAUAUUUGUGUGUGUGUGUGUCUUUAGAAAGGGAAUGCUUCAGUCUAACAACUCUGCUGCACUUUAAGUGGGAAAAAGUCUUGAUUUGUCCCUUUCAUUUUUCAUAAUUUUCCACUGUGCCUAACAGUUUAUUAAAAGAAAAAAUUUUAGUGGAGGUCAAACGUUGUUUAAAUGUGUGGCAAAUGGUUUCCCAGGGAAACAGCAAAUUAGUACUUGUAGCUUUCAGCAGCAUCUCAGAACAGCAUGUAGACAUCAGCCCUAGGAGAGUGUCUGCUGGAGAACAGGAGGCUCUAAACGAAGUCAGAGGAAGCACCGAGAACAGGCGAGCCAUUUCAGAAGAUGAAGAAACAUUCUGCAAGAGUGGUGCCUUUAACAUCCUACAGUGUCUCUGAACGAAACUCACCUGGUUCCGAUGGUACCUCCAGAUCAUCAGUCACUCGAUGUAAACCAGGAGCCAACUGCCCCAGUUCACACAGUGGCAUCAGUAGACAACUCUCCCCUCUCUCUGUCACAGAAGAUUCCUCUGCUCCUAUUCUUGAACUUCAGAGCCGAGGAUCCUCAGGAGUUUGUGGACAUAGAGUUGAGAGACAAAACAGAUCAGCGGACGAUGGGACACAGACUCAUUCUGAGAACAGCAGCCAAGAAAACAGACUCAAGGCUCGCUGCCUGUCCUGCACGUCUGUGGUUCUGAAGGCCAUCUGGGGACUCUUAAUCAUCUUGUCAGUAUCAUCGUCUUGGGUUGGAACCACACAGAUUGUAAAAAUUACUUAUAAGAACUUCUAUUGCCCAUUUUUCAUGACUUGGUUUUCAACAAACUGGAACAUUAUGUUUUUCCCAGUCUAUUACUCUGGUCAUCUGGCCACUGCUCAAGAAAAGCAAUCUCCAAUGAAAAAAUUCAGGGAAUGUAGUCGGAUUUUUGGUGAAGAUGGUCUGACAUUGAAGCUCUUUCUUAAAAGAACUGCUCCCUUUUCUAUUCUAUGGACUUUGACUAAUUAUCUGUAUUUACUGGCUUUAAAGAAGCUGACGGCCACGGAUGUCUCUGCUCUGUUCUGUUGUAACAAAGCCUUUGUCUUCUUGCUGUCGUGGAUUGUGCUGAAAGACAGGUUCAUGGGAGUGAGGAUAGUUGCUGCAAUAAUGGCCAUUACUGGCAUCGUCAUGAUGGCAUAUGCAGAUAAUUUCCAUGCUGAUUCGAUCAUAGGAGUAGCAUUUGCAGUGGGCUCAGCCUCUACAUCUGCAUUAUAUAAGGUUUUGUUUAAGAUGUUUCUUGGAAGUGCCAACUUUGGUGAAGCUGCACACUUUGUCUCCACCUUGGGCUUCUUCAAUUUGAUCUUCAUCUCCUUCACGCCAGUCAUCUUGUAUUUCACCAAGGUGGAGCACUGGUCUUCUUUUGCAGCUCUGCCAUGGGGCUGUCUCUGUGGGAUGGCAGGGCUGUGGCUGGCCUUCAACAUCCUGGUGAACGUCGGUGUGGUGCUGACAUACCCAAUCCUAAUCUCCAUUGGGACAGUGCUCAGCGUUCCUGGAAAUGCAGCUGUGGAUCUCCUGAAGCAGGAGGUGAUAUUCAACGUUGUCCGCCUGGCUGCCACCAUCAUCAUCUGCAUCGGGUUUCUGCUGAUGCUGCUGCCUGAGGAGUGGGAUGAAAUUACCCUGAGAUUCAUCAACAGUCUGAAGGAAAAGAAGAGCGAGGAGCAUGUGGAGGACGUGAUUGAUGCCGGUGUGCACCUGCGAGGCAGAAGCAGAGCCAAUGGGACAGUGUCAAUACCACUGGCCUAGAGAGGGACACGUGUCGAAUGCACGUGCGUGUAUAUUCUGUGAAUAUAACAAACUUUUCUCACUACCUGUACACUCAAACGACAGCAUUAACUCUGAAUUUGGAUAAACCAUAUGUAAAAUAAUGCCAAUAAUAAAAGUUUACAUUUAUAUGCUUAUCAAGGAACUGGUGUAAAUAAUCAUAAUAAAAUUUUUUAUGAAAACAUAUUUGUCCU